GAAAAGAGCUGAGCACCAACACUGAGCCAGGAUUACCAGCCAACUGAAGCACAACCGUAAUGGCCGAACUGUACAACAGGAAUGCUUCCCACCUUCCAUCCAGCGACUGGUGGGAGGGGCACCAGGACCCCUCGCAACACAGCAGGAGAGGUGGCGUAGAAAAUCAAGCAACGGAUAGUCUAAGAGCUGGCCAGUCUCUGACAGGUACCUCUGUUGAGCAAAUAUCCCAGAGUAUGAAAACAUGGAGAAAUGUCACCAUUCAAAUCACCAAUUACAGCACAACUUACACCUUAUCAAAUCCAAGGAUCCACACCACCCAGGGAUACUGUUUCCAUCCUCCACAGCCUACGAUUGAAAAAAACACCAGUGAAGCCUGCUGCUUCUCCAAAACCGCACAUGUAGCUCGUGGAGCUAUUGGAGUCAUGACGUACCAAAUCCUCACAGAUGAUAGACACUGUGUUGCUGAACUGGCCAUCAUGUUCUCUGUGCCUUAUGACAACAACUUGUUUAGAAACUGGUUUGCUCUGGGCAUUUAUAAAACGCCCAUAUCAUGUGAUUAUAAUCUGUUCUAUCAGAUGUAUUAUACCAACGGUCCUUUCACCAGAGCCAAAGGUACAGGAAAUUCCAUAGAAUAUCAUGGAAAACGUGUUUAUGUGAAAGGAACAAUGUCUGCUUUUGGGCAGUCAAUAAUGAAAGUUGAAUUUAGGGAUCGUUAG